AGUUACGUAAAAAAUUGCUCCCAACUAUCUCUAAACUACUUUGAAGAAAUUUUGCUUUCCCCUUUUGUCAAUCUGCCAUUUGUCUUAAACUUUCAAAAAGAAAGAAACAAACUUUUAAAAACUUUUUUAGAAAUCUAGCAAUCAAACCCACCGACUAAAUAAAAAGUUUGCUCCUUUACUGACAUUCAUCCUAAAGAAAUAAUUUUUUUAUCUUAAUUUUUGAUGGAUUGGUUAAGCUCAAUUGGGCCAUCUUCUUCUCUAUAUCCAUACACGCUUCUCCUAAAUGCUUUUUGUGUAAUACCCAUUUCUCACUACAUUUUUGGCUUUGUUAUUUUCUGUUUUGUGUUUCUGUACAAUUUCUUGGAGUUUCAUUUCUUUAGAGAUUUCUUGCAUGGAUUUCGUGGAUCCCCAAUUCUCCUUACUUUUAAUCCCUCUUCUCCAAUUUACAAUGGUGUUGUUUCCAAAUGUAAAAUUCUUCAUGGCAGGUAUUUGGUAACUCCUUGGCUCUCAAGUCCUAAUAUCCAGACUUUUUUCUUGAAUUUCUUUGGUAGGCCUCCUGCUUUUAAAUACAGAAGGCAGCUUUAUAAUGUUUCUGAUGGUGGAACUAUUGCUUUGGAUUGGUUGAUGCAUUCUGAUGUUUCUGGGGGCAACUAUCACAUGAACGAUGGCGUUGCUAAAGAUGAUACAACUCCUAUUGUGGUUGUGAUUCCUGGCUUAACUAGUGACUCUUCUUCGUCUUAUCUGAAGCAUCUGGCCUUCAAUACGGCGAAACAUGGAUGGAAUGUUGUUGUUAGCAAUCAUCGAGGAUUAGGAGGUGUUUCAAUUACUUCUGAUUGCUUUUACAAUGCUGGAUGGACAGAAGAUUUUCGUGAAGUCAUUAAUUAUCUCCACAAUGAGUACUCCAAGGCUCCGUUAUUUGCUGUCGGAACAAGCAUCGGUGCUAACCUUCUGGUAAAAUAUCUCGGGGAGGAAGGAGAGAGGACUCAUAUUGCAGGGGCUGUAGCCAUUUGUAAUCCUUGGGAUCUCUUGAUUGGUGAUAGAUUUAUAGCCCGCAAGCCGUUGCAGAAGUUAUAUGACAGGGCCCUCACAAUUGGACUUCAAGGUUAUGCAAAACUGCAUGAACCUCGAUACUCUCGGCUUGCUAAUUGGGAAGGCAUCAGAAAGUCACGGUCUAUUCGAGAUUUUGACAACUAUGCAACCUGCCUUGUCGGAAAAUACAAGACUGCGGAUACAUACUACAGACGCUGUAGCAGUUCAGCUUAUGUUCCAGAUGUGUCUGUACCACUACUUUGUAUCAGUGCUCUUGAUGAUCCCGUCUGCACUAGAGAAGCCAUUCCUUGGGACGAAUGCAGAGCAAAUCCAAAUAUAGUGUUGGCGACACCAAAGGACGGAGGACAUCUGGCAUUCUUUGAAGGAUUGACCGGAGCUAGCUUGUGGUGGGUGAGGGCUGUUAAUGAAUUUCUUUGUAUUCUACACUCUAGUCCUAAUCAUAUGCAUGUCCGAAAGGAACAGACUUCUACCAGCUUGGAUUCAUCACAAGAAUUUUCAAUUGAUCAGGGCCCGUACGUGAACAUCGCAGAAGAUGGAAUGGUAGCUGCAGCAGCCGGAGAAGAAGAGCACACGACAGAAGCGAAAUCUGAUAUGAAUUCAGGCACCAGUUCGAUAACUUGUGAACUGCUUAAGAAGAUUCAGGAUUUCAAGAAUUCCGAUACAACUACUCCGGUUAGAAGAUACAUUAAUCAGAUCAGUCGACAGAACGGAAGUUCAGUUUGGAUGUUUGCUUUCAUUGCUGUUGUAACAAGUUGGCCAUUAUUAGGAUCUGUGUUGAUUUUCUAUAGGAAAAAACUAAAGAAUAUUUCACCUGCAGCUUUGCUUAAAAGAUAGCUAAAUCAUUAUUAUGGGGUAAUUGACCAUCACUAUACUUUCAGAAAAUUUCAUUUUAGUUACUGAAGAUUUUUUUUUUUCA